AUGGAAACGAUUCAACAAUCAACACAACCCAUUGUGAAUGUUCAGACAUUCGAUAAUAUCGAUGCCGUAAAUCAUAAGGAUCUAUGGUGGAAGCUAUUAUAUACAUUAUUUACUGCGACUGCAUUAGCAUAUCUCUAUGCAAGAAGAAAAGACAAUAGAAUGUUACAUCUCGUUAAACCAUUGCCAGUUCUCAUCCUUGGAUAUGUAGUUUUACUUUGGUGUUCCGUGCAUCACGUUGGAAUGUCAUCGUUAUUCCACUUGAUCGUUCCACAUAAACCAUCGGACUAUGCAGUCUAUAUAUCGAUAGGAUUGUUCCUCUCGGCAAUAGGUGACCUUUUACUGAUUUUCGAUAAAUACUUUGUACAUGGAAUCAUUUUCUUCUUGACUGCGCAUCUCUCCUUCAUUUUGGCAUUCACUGCCGAGAGUGACAGUCUCACUCAGUUCUUUACACCGUUGGUGGUUGUAAUUUUGGUUGGAUUCAAUAUUUUCUUUGUCUACCUAUUCAUCACCAAGGUGGUUCCACUGUUUGUCCACACCACACCAACCUCGAUCGUCAUUGCCCUCUUCUUUUACAUGGCAGUCAUUAUCACCAUGUGUUACACCGCUUCACUAAAGGCUUUGACCAAGGUCGCACAACUCUGGGAGCUAUCAUCAUCGGUUUCACAUACACUUACCAUCUACUCUUGCUGUGGAGCAAUCGGUGCCGUCUUGUUUUUCAUUAGUGAUCUGAUGAUUCUCAUUCGUGAGAUGAACGCACUCAAAAAGAAUAAGGUUUCAACUUUCCGUAGAUUUUUGGGUAACGGAGAUGUUGGAAUGAUCACUUACUGGCUAGGUCAAUUCUGUAUUGCUUUAAGUGUUACCUCAAUAUUUAAUGUUUUAAAAGAAUUAAGUUAG